GUUUCCGCUACAGUGUCUAUGUUCCGGUUUUAAGUGUAUUUUUUUGGCAACCUAUACAUAAAUCUAACAGUUCUAUCGAAACCCAUCAUUGAUUUGUGAGAAUAAAUUUAUAAAAUGGCAAAAAUAUUAGGGAACUUUAUUAUGUUAUUACUUCUUUUAAUACCUACUGCAGUCAUAUUUAACGAACAAGCAAAGGGAAGUAACCUAGCAUUUGCUCAAGAUAUUUUGGAAGGUGAAGAUGAUGAAGCUACUGUUGAAACUGAAACUGGGGCUGAUGAAGAUACUCCUGAAGAAGAAACGCCACUUACAGGGAACGAAAAGGAAGAAGAGCCAACAGAAGAAGAAAGUACAGCUCUAAAACCCUCUCCUGAUGCAGACACAUUUAUCUUGUUUACAAAGCCCACCAAUCCUAAAGAACUUCCUGCUGGCAAACAAGUGCGAAUCUUAGUUGGAUUUACUAACAAUGGAAAUCUGGACUUUUUGGUUGACAGCAUGGAGGCAUCCUUCAGAUAUCCUCAAGACUAUAGUUUCUUUUUACAAAAUUUUACUACUGCUGUUUACAAUGCUGUUGUGGAGCCUAAAAGACAAGCUACUUUUGAAUAUGUAUUUGUACCCAACGAAGCAUUUAGCGCUCGUCCUUUUGGUCUCACAGUCACUCUAAAUUAUAAAAAUAAAGAUGGUUCUGCAAGUUUCCAGAGCGCAGUUUUCAAUGAAACAAUCCAAGUAGUUGAUCCUGAUGAGGGUCUUGAUGGAGAAACAUUUUUCCUGUAUGUGUUUUUAGCUGCAAUCAUCAUUUUAUUGCUUGUUGGAGCUCAGCAGUUAGUUUCCAGCUUCGGGAGAAAACGUCUCUCCAAACCCAGAAAACCUGUUGAACUGGGCACUCAAAAUUCAGAUGUAGAUUAUGAUUGGCUCCCAAAGGAAACACUUCAAGGACUGAGCAAGUCACCAAGGAGAUCCCCAAAACAGUCUCCAAGGCAAAGGCGCAAUUUGCGCUCUACAGGUUCCAAGGAAGAAUAAAUGAAAACACAAAGCUAGGUUUUUACGUGGCGUUUUACUCAAAGCAUUCAUCACUUUCAAAUCAAGCAAACUCUUGUUUUACUAAAGCUACUCACGAAAUUCAAUGUAACUUUGAAAAUGUUUUAUUUGUUUUAGUGCUAUUUUUUUUUAUAAAGAUAUUAAAAAGAAAAAGGAAGAAAAAAAAAGGUGUGAGCACUAGGAUAGAGCUGCAGUUAUAGUCAUACAUUGUUUAAAUGUGAUGAAAGUACUUGAUUGACAUGACUUCUCUAAAGGCACAUGUAUAAUUGUACAGUAAUGGUGGAUGGGAUUGUUUUGAGAGUUCUUUGUUUGAUAUAUAUUAAUCUGUGCAAUUGUGUUAAGACUGGAUCACACAUGAAUUAUUUUUUUUAGUCGAAAUAUUUAGUUCAAGAUAGUUUUAGUCUUGUAAUAUUAAUAUUACAUGUCAUGUAAAUGGUGUUAUGGGAAUGCUUUGAUUCUUAGUCAUUCCAUAAUUAAAUAGUGAAUGAUGCAAUGUCAUGAAACAAGUUGUUUUCUGUUGCCUUGAAAAAGUCAUCUUGUCAUACUUCUUUCAUUGCGAUAAAUGAAUGGAAGGUUAAUUGCUCUUUUAUUUUGCGAACUUCAGUGAUAGCAUUAAUCCUACAUUAUAGAAUCUUCUGCUAUUUAUUUUAUUCUGUUAUGUCUUGUCUAAUUUCAAUGAAUCAAUUUAUAGAUUGCAUUUUAAUAGAUAUUUGUCAGUGUAGAAUGAGCAUCUGAUACUGUUAACUGUGUUAGUUAUAUUGGUAUUACUUUCUUCUUUUUUUUUUUCCCUUUUGUUUUACUUAAAACAUUUUUUGAAUGCAAAUCUAUAGUAAUUGUAUUGUCAAUAAAUCAUGUUACACAUUUUA